CAAGACAUCAUGACACCAUAAACACACCCCAUACAACUCAGGACAAGCGUGUUUCAUAUGGACUUCAUGGGUUACUCCCUGGAAGUUCGGAAUUGCUCUACUUCAUGGAGACGAUCCAAACCAGAGCACUACGGUAAAUCAACAAUCAAUGGGACGGUGGGAUCCAGAACGUACAAACGAGAGCUUUGAUGUCUAUCAAUAUAGGUAACGCUCUUUCAUUCGUCAAUCGUCACUCAAAAACUUCAGUUCUCAUCCACACUGUACCGUUUCAGUACAUCAUUUCGACUUAACUUUCCACCCUCUUCACAUUCCAGCCUAAAUUCUUAGGGCCAAUAUCCAUCAUAACAUGAUGCGCACUUCUAGCAGUUUCUUCAGCCCACGAACACAUCCAGGAAUCCGCGCCAUUUUCACUCCUCCGAAAAACACCCGACCCCUCUCUCCCCGCGCCCUCCCCGCCCACCGUCUCGAUGAUUCGGUGACGCCCUCCCGUCCCAUCCCGUCCCGUGCCGUGGCGGUCGGGUAGGUCUCACCUGUCCGUACCCGGUGGUGAGGAGGUCGCUCCGUGCGCCAGCCGCCGCCAGUCAUCCACCAGACGCCGAGCCGACAUGAGGUGCCUACUGCCGCUGAUCGUUCUUCUGGGCGCCGUCCAGGCAGUGCCGUUCUUCAAGUUCCGUUUCGGUCCGGAACACCGCAGUGAUGAGCUGGGUCCCAAGCUGCCGCCGGAGCCGUUCCCGCAGCGCGUGCCGGACGAGUCGGCGGCCGUGUUCGCCCUCCAGCUGCCAAAGCUCGACCUCUCCGACCUCUUCAGGCCGCUGCGGGUGUUCGCAGGUGUGAACGUGGACCAUCCGUCUGGUAUCGCCGUGCGGGAGGAGGAGCCCAACUGCGACCUGGGCAAGUUCGACCUCGCCGACGACGAGUUCGACAUCGUCAUGGACUGUCAGAAGGCCUCCGGCGGCGACGACGUGGAGCUCAAAGAGUGCAUCCUGACCAAGCUGCCCAAGACCGCUGUUGAGCUGAGGGACUUCCUUGACAGGGAAGAGUUCGGUGUUGCUGGUCUCAGCUCUUCUUUCCAUCUGUCUCUGCUGAACGGAGAGUUCACCCAGAAGAGGAGCGUCCAGUUCCGACUGUGUCCGCGGGACGAGGUGAACAGUAUCGACGGACCCGUGGUGCCCGUCGUGGAACAGGUGGUGCCCGUUGUGGAAGAAGUGGUGCCCAUGGUGGAGGAGAUGGUGCCCAUUGAGGCUCUCAGCCCGGACCGCAUCGAUGAAUCAGCGCCGUCCGCGCCGGGAGCCGUUCUUCCUCCACAGCGGCCGCUCUUCCAGUUCCCUGAGCUGAAGCUGCCCAACUUCGGCCAGAUCUUCACCGAGGCGUUCGCGCCGGUGUUCGGUCCGCGUCCCGGCACUGAGGAGGAGGACGCCGGCCUGGGUCUGUUCGGCUCGCACCUAAACCCAUUCGCGGUGCGCCACCCGCCGGCCGUCACCGGUCCGCAGCACGGGUUCUUUGCCUCGCUGUUCCCGGCGCUGGCCGCCACGCCGCCGCCGCAGGGACCGCCCGACGGCAUUGACAUGGACAACUGCGACAGCCAGAAGUUUGACGUGUCCCGCUUUGUCUUCAACGUCGCCAACCGUUGUCAGUACGCUAACGACUACAGGAAGUGCCUCCGCCUGGAUUUGGCCGGCGACAAGAGCGCCCAGGAGCUGCUGGACUUCGCCACCGACACCGACUACAGCGUGGUCGCCUCCAGCUUCUCUUCGUUCCAGACCACCUUCGACCUGGAGUCGCUCCACGACGGAAAGGGUCUGCUGGACCUGAAGCGGAAGAACCAGAUCGACCUGCGCCGCUGCGCUAACAUCGUGAAGGAGGUGACCACCGAGGUUCCCAUCGAGGAGGCCACCACUGAGGCUGAACCCGUCGCCGAGGAGGUCACUCCUGAGGUUGUCACUGAGGUCAUCGAAGAGCUCGUCCCUGACGUCGCGGAGGUCAUCCCGGAGGGCACCCUUGACAUUGUAUCCGAGGAGAUCCCCGUUGUCAUCGAGGAGUAUCCUUCGGAGCUGGCUCCCGGUGUCGAGGUUACCCCUGAGGUAGCUCCGGAAGAGCCUCAGGCGACCACCGAGGUCUUCGAGACGGUCCCGGAGGUUGUCGAGGCCGUGGACGCUGAGAAGGAGGCUGUAGAGGCCAAGAAGGCUGCCGAACCUGAAGAGCCGGUGGUUGUGGCUGAGAAGCCAGUAGAGUCUGAGAAGCCUGUGGAGACUGAGAAGCCUCAGGAAGCUGAGCCUGUGACUGAGGUGGCUGUGGAGACCGAGAAGGUGGCUGUGGAGACCGAGAAGGCCCCUGACAGCGUGGAGACGCCAGUCGAGGUGUCCCAGCCGGUGGAGUUCGAGGGAAACGUCGAGGCCGGCCCUAAAUAUGAUCUUGCCGAGCCAUAAACACUUCGACGUUCGUGCUUGGAUGGUCUGAAGAUUGACGUCAGGAAACCACUGAGUCGGCUUUAUACAAGUUCCGUCCAUUCUUGUCUGUAUAUUUUCGUGGCAUCUAAACUCUAAAGGAUAAAGUUUUGAUGCAUUCUUUUUACCCACUUGAGGCUUUUACAGUUGGCUAUAUGUGAUGCAUUUUGAUGUUUGGAUCACAUCAUGUUCAAAUGCAUUUCAGAUCGUAGAUAUGUAGUAAAUGUACUAUUUAUCCCUCGCCCGCACAUGGGGGGGGUGGUUGCCACCCCCCCCCCCCAGGUAGUCUUUCUGCUCUGCACUCAACAUUUUUAGAGCUAGAAAGCUGAUUUUUCGUAUAGCUGCUCCUCUAUCCUUUCUUGAUGUCCACUGAAAAUUUCAAGUUUCUGUGAUUUUCGGUUUCGGAGAUAUGACCUUGUUUUUCAGGUCAUGUCAUGACCCAAAUGGCCAAUUCUCAACAUCUUGCGCUGGCUAUGGGCCUUGUGAGCUUUUGACACCUUGAUUUCGGCCUUUUUUGCCAGUCUUACCUCCCAACUAUCAUGGAACAUGUUGUUCGACGAUGUACAGAUGUCAAGGUCAAGGUCAAGGUCAACCUAGGUCAUCUAAGAUAAUUGCGUUUUAGGUAAGCGGAAAUUACUUUUUGUCAAGUUUUUUGACUACAUUUUUUGUAAAAGCUUCUCAGAUCAUGAUUUCAUGCAAUAUGGACACAAAAACAAUCGGUGCACACAUAAGUAUACACACAGACACACACAGACAUACAAACACGUAUUAUUGACCUUGACCUAACUUGACCUGACAUGACCUCAGCAGCAAAAAAUCUGGUCGGGUAGUGUGACAAGGAGGUUCUAGCUGGCUUGGCACCAGAAAACAGCAUCGUCAUCGGUAUAUGGUAAGCAGCGCACUUGAUAUCCAAAGUUGACCCAAAAUAGCAACAUUUUUUAGUUUGACCUGACCUGGAAGGUCAAUGACUGACCUGAGAAGGUAAAACUGGGUAUCAUUGGAUUCGUCUCUUCCCAAAGAAUCUUUUUGGUCUUUACCGCUAAGCUCUAUCUCCAACAGGAACGAAAUGGCGCGGGGGGGGUGGCAACCCCCCCCCAUGUGCGUUCUAGGAUGGGAAAAUGGCAUGUGCGGGCGAGGGUUAUCGGAGUGGAAGAGGCCUUGUUAUUCGUUAUUGGCUGGUUUUGAGCGCUGUUAGUAGGCUGCAAGGAAGGAACGCCUUAGCGUCACAUAGGUACAGGUGACUUUAAUCGAGCAUUUGGCGCUAAUUGCUUGCGAUGAGCUGUCACUACGUAUUGCAGAUUGAACUUUCAUUUCAUUGGCGAUCACGUUCCGACUGAAAUCGCAUCCUACAAUGUGUAAUGUUUUAUGUUACGCUGGUGUUCAUAGUACGCUAUUUAUCUUCAUUGUAUCUCAGUAUGGUUAGAUGUGAGACGUUUUUUUAGAAAUGUGCAUUGGAGUACACGUAUUUUGCAGCUGUGAAAUACUUUUGAAUACAAUCCGAUGUUUAGU